AUGAUGCCGGGCGGAGAUGACCCGUAUGGUGGAGGAGAGCGCUGGGCUCCGCCCGAGUUUCCCAGACUUCGAUGGGCGAUGGGCAUCGUAGGGGGUCUCACCCUCGCGGCAUUUGUCUACCAUUCCCUUACCGCUGCAUCUCGUUAUCGCCACCAGCAAGCGCAAAAGGAACGCGAGACUCGAUUCAUGGGCUUCCUGCACCACGAAGAGGCCAACAAGCGCCUGGUGAAUGGCGACUUGGCAGGCGCCGUGAAGCACUACUCCAAGGCUGCUCGCUUUGCCCUGCGUGGCGAGCCGGGCGAUGAUGUCGCUGCCGCCGCCGCUGCUGCCGCCGGCGUCGAUCCCGCCUUCAUCGUGCCCGACUUUGACGCUCCCGGCGCCGAGGGCUGGGCGCUGUCGCUGCUGCAGCGCGCUGCCGCCCACUGGAGCACGGGCGAUGCCAACAGCUGCGCCCGCGACUGCUUGGCCGUCCUUCGCGUGCUGCCUCGCCAAGCGGCUUCGCCCGUUGACGAGAGCGAGACUAUCAGCCCGCCGACACCGGAGGCUUCGGAGGCUUCGGAGGCGCAGCCGGAGGCGGGCGCCGGGGUGGCGGCCGUGAUGACGGAAGCGGGACCGCCGGAACAAGGCGGCGAAGAGGAGAAGGUGAGCAAGGAGGAAGAGGAGAAGCGAGCGCUGGAGAAGGAGGCGCGAAUGCGAAAGGACAGGCUGGAGCGUAUCACGGCCCGCGCGACGGAGCUGCUCGGCCGAGCGCUGGCCGCGAGUGGCCAGCCGCUAGCGGCGCUCCUGGCUCUUCAGCGGUGCACCCAGGCCCGCAGCAAGAGGCGCGAGGCUGCCCUCGUCCAGUUCCAGCACUUGAAGGAGAGCCUCCAGAACGCCCUCGCAGCAGAGAACGGGCAGUCGCACUGGCCGGUCAAGGUCGUAGUCGGACACGAAGGAGGUGCUCGGGGAGUCCUGGUGGCGACCGAGGAGAUCGCCGAGGGGGGAGAGAUCCUCGUCGAGGAACCGUUCCUCGCCGCUCCCUGGUCCGCGCAGGACCUCGUGCAGAAGGUCUACUGCGUUCACUGCCUGCGACGGCUGGCCCAGCCCGACGUCGACGGUGCACCCAACAAGGGCAUUGCUUCCGCCCCGGUCGUAGCGGAAGCGCGCUCGGGCUACUGCAGUUCAGUCUGCGAGGCCGCGGCGUGGCUCCUGCAUGACCACCGGCCGUCAUCACGGCCGGCCCAGCCCGCGGGUCCGAGCAGCGAUCAGACCGGGGCCGAGGAGCGCACAAGCCUCUACCUGCUGGCCAAGCGCGUCUUGGCCUGCCUGGCCUACGGCGAGAGAGAGCCCAUGCUGCAGCCCCUGUGGACCACGUUCGAUGCGGCCAUCCGCUCCCUGCCCACAUCGGAGGCCGAGGCCAAGGGAGUCGGCCACGAGCACGCCGAACUGCAGGCCUUCGUCGAGUCCCUCCGCAACGACGUCGCCCAGCAGUCGGAGCAGCAGGCCGGGCCAUCGACGAGCGAGACGGGCUGGGAUGCGUCGUCGCUGGUGUCUCAGCUCCGCGGCGGCGCCUUGCCGGUGAUGGAACAGCAGCAGCAGACCGAAGGCUGUCGCGGCGUCGGUCUCUACCUACUGGGCAGCCACGUCGGCCGCUCUUCGCCGACAGCGGAACCCAAUGCCCGAGUCGUGUUCAGCGAUGCCGACUCCACCCUUCGCCUCGUGGCACUCCGACCGAUCCCCGCCAACGAGGCCGUCGUCAUCAGCAGCUCCGCCUCCUCCCCUGCACUUGCCUCCUCGGCUUGA